AAUGCAUAACUGUUGAGAAAUUCAUGUACAUGUUCUGAUGUUUCUUACUACUGUGGCAACCCCUCAGUAUUUGUGUAUCUGUAGUGGGAUUUUAUUGCGAGGCAUAACAGAAAAUAAAAGCAAGUUUGACAUCGACUUUGGAGCGCUAUAGAAGUAUCUACGGUGAGCAGCGCAACUUAAACCAGCGCCCAAGCGCAACAUCAAGUUGCGCUACAACUAAUCAAUCUUAUAGGAAAAUAUGCAGUUAAGACCACAAAUUGUGUGCAAAUAUUGAGUGAAUCUUAGUGAAAUCCCUUGAUAUCUGGAAGACAUGUAAUAUAACACACAAGUAUUAACAUUAUUAAGAUAAUAAAAUUAUAUACAUAUAACUUAUAAAAUGUGGUGCAUAGCUUAGUGGAAUUGUGCAAAUAUAAUAUAAUACUGUGGUCCCAGUAUGCACUAAAAAAGUCAAAUAGUGAAAAUACGGAUUAAGGAAAGAGUAAAAAUUGUAUCUCUGCACAUAACAAAUGAAAUUGACCAUUUAAUACGCAGAAAUAUCCAGACAACAAAUUAUAACACGUGUCGCGACGCGACAAGGUUGUUGCAAUUGCAACUCGCCAAUCGAAGUUUCCCUUCUCCCGUGUAACAAACCGAACGUCCGGCCUAAUGAAAAUGGUAGAUAAAUCAUCCAAGUUGGAUAAAUUUAGCGCCAACAUGGGUGUCAGUGGCACCGGUGCCGGCGGCAGUGGUGGGGGUGGGAGUGGUGUCAACAGUGGUUUUACUACUGGUGCUAGUUGUCUAUUGCACACCGGUGUUGGCAGUCAAAACGGCCAGAAGCCGGUGCCAAUGAAAUUAUUCGCUGCUUGGGAAGUGGAUCGCACACCUCCAAAUUGUAUGCCAAGACUGUGCUCGUUGACAAUAACGCGCCUAUCCAUACUGACACCAUUGCCCGGCGAUAUGACGUCACUAACGUUGGCUGUCAAGAUGCAGAGCUCCAAGCGCACGCUGCGCUCCCACGAGAUACCCAUAAACAGCAGUGGUUUUACGCAAAGUGGCGCUUCCGGUGGGGCAGUAACCGGCUCGACUGCCCCCAACAGCGGCGGCGGCGCUGCUGGCAACAUUAUACAACAGAGCAACUCCGGAGCUGCGCUCAUCGGCGGCAGCAGUGGCAGCGCACAAAUGGGUUCGGCCAUAAUUGGCACACCCGGAAAUAUUGGAAACACGGGCAUUGGCAUUGGCGGAAGUGGCAGCGGUGCGUCCAUGACGAUGGGCGGUUUCGCCGCUGUCGGAGGCGGCGCUACGACGAUGCCACUGGCAGAGACUGAACUAGAUCUACACUUCAGCCUGCAGUAUCCGCAUUUUAUUAAGCGCGACGGCAAUAGACUGGUUAUAUUGUUGCAACGACGCAAGAAAUACAAAUCACGCACCAUCUUGGGCUACAAAACCCUGGCCGAGGGGAUUAUACGCAUGGAUGCGGUGCUGCAAAAGUCCAUGGACAUGACGGUCGAACUGACGGCAAGUGGCAAGAACGGCCGACCGGGCACCACGGUGGCGUGUCUGCGCGCCGAACGCGUCUCCUCCAUUCCAGUUGAUCAAGACAAUAAGAAUAACAAUAGUGUCCUACUAGCAGAUCGCGUUGCUGAAUAUUCAGACGAAGACGAAGAAGGAGAAUUCAGUUCUGGUGAGUUUAACGAUGACGCCGCCGAGCUGGGUAUCCCCGGUUACGAUCCCAAGCGGGACUACAAUCCGAGCAAGCACGACAUGCGCAAGUACCGCAAACUGCAACGCUCCGAGGUGGAAGACGUCGCUCUUGGCACCAACCCAGUGGAUAGUGACAGUGAAUUCGAGAUGAAGGACAAGAGCUCGUCACGGGCGAAGAUCAGCCGGACAAUUUCAUUACAACAACGUAAUUUCAAGCAAAAAAUUGUCGCUUUGCUGAAACGUUUCAAAGCCUCCGAGGAGUUGGAGGGUGAGGUGAGCCGUGGCACCGCAGCUCUUCGUGGCGAACGCGAUUUGGACGCACUCUUCCAGGAGCUCGAAUCGCUGUCAUGCUGCGAGGGCGACGAUUCUGGUCCCGACAUGGACAGCUUGUCCAUUGGGUCGACACCAAAACCUUCGCUGCGCCCAUUCUUCACCAAUUCGCGGAUAAUGCUGCACGACAAUAGCGCCGGUGGUGGCAACUUUGAACGCAGAUCAUCGGAUAAAAGCGACCAAUUGACCAAUUCGUCAUUCAAUUAUGAUAAUACUAGACAAAAAUGCAUUCAUUUAACAAACAAUAACAAUAAUUCGGCUACAACACCAGAUCGUCCGACCGACUACCGGAACGACAGCUCUGGCAAUGAGGGCAACGCUUUCAAUACCGAUGGCCAGAACUCCGACCCACAGAACAGUCCGCCACGCAGCGACAAGGACUACAUGCGUUUGCAGUUAUUGCAACAACAACAACAGCAGUUGACGCCAGUGAGCGGUGGCGGUAACAGCGGCAGUGCUUUCACUUUCAGCGAGAAGCGUUCGCGCCUGUUCCGGACAUCGAGCAAUACACCAAGUGGUGCUGGCAGCGGUAGUGGCGGCGGUGGUGCCAUUGGCAUGGGCAUGGGUAAGAAAAAGCAGACGCUUAGCUUAACAGCUGAGCCGCGUUCAGUAUUAGAGACAUGUUUGUCGCCGACAAAUGUCGAACCGCGAAAACUGUUGCUCGAUCAAUUGAGCCGGAUAUUCGCCAAUGAGGACACAAAUCUUCCCGAUGUGGUCACAAUAAUCAGCCCCCCUGAGGCGCUAAGUGGCAGUGCACUAAUUCCAAAACUGACAACGCUGUUGGCAAACUCCUUCAAGCCAGCUUUUGUACCGCAAAAUACGGCGGAAGUGAAGGCGGUGCUGCAGGCGCUAAUGGGAAAGAUACAAAAAUACUGCAACUCGAAUGCGAAGCCACCGAAUACGGUGAAAAUAUUGUUGUUGGGAGGCGAUUGGCUACAGGGCGCAGCCUUACGGCAUUACGUCGAGCUGAUGGGUGUGCGUCCACCGGACUGGCUGAAUCAUUUGCGGUUCUACAUUGUGCCGAUCGGCAGCGGCAGCACAAUAGCGCGUUAUCUCAGCCAGGUGGACUUGACAUAUGGUGCCAUGUUUGGUUCGGACAAUUGGUAUCAAUUGUGCGAGCGCGUAGCGGCGACUGCGGCGGCGGUCAGUGCCGUAACGACGGUGAAUGCCUCGGCGUUGUCAACGACGCUCGGCGACUCGGUCACGGCGAAUAAAUCCGACAUUGUGGAGAUGGUGCAACGCAUACAGCGCUAUCUACACGCCGCUGGACCAUGCACUCAGAUUCCCAUUGGUGAGGCUAUGGUCAAUUACAAGGACGAGGAUUCACGUCAAAUAUUUGUGCCGUUCGUUAGUGAUGUGCGCAUUGGUUACUUGGAGGGUCCACAAGUCUCACUCGAUCUCGAAGAGAACGCCACGCAAGCUGGCGGCAACACUGGCGCGCCACAGUCGCUGCAUAUGUCCAGCGCCAUACCCAUUGGCAGCAGUAAUGCCACGAAUUUAACUGGUGCCGGUGGCGUGGCUGGAGGCAAUAACGCUCCAUCUGGUUCGCCACCCCAGAGCGGCAGGAUCUCACCCCCUCAGCAAACGCCACCCACGUCGGCGAACGCGCUCCGUGAUCGUGGGGGCGAUUCGAUUAACACACCCACAACGCAGUCGAAUGCCGCUUCCGAGUCGGUGGAGCUGCAAGUGGAUUAUUGGCCCAUUAUUCGACCGGGAGACUACACGCCAAAGGAAAAGAGUAUCACGCGUGGCGGCGACCAGGGUGGCAAGAGUAGCAUUAAGAGCACAUUUAGAAAUCUACAGGUUUGGCGGCUACCUCAGAACGCCCAAUUAGGCGAAAUGUCCCAUGGAAUGACAGUGAAUUUCGCGACCAAAGAAAAGAAACAAAAACAAAUUAUGCGUCUAGGCAAGAAAAAGGAAAAAGACCGUGAUCUCGAAAAGGAGCAGUGCGUCGAAGGUGUGGCGCGUUUGAUUUGCUCCCCCAAACCGUCGCACCCAGUACCGUUAAGAGUUUUCAUCGACGGCACAGAAUGGACUGGUGUAAAAUUCUUCCAGUUGUCUUCGCAAUGGCAAACACACGUAAAGAAUUUUCCAAUUGCUCUCAUUGGUUGUACGCCAAUGUCUUGUUCUGAGAUAUCCUAGUCAUUUUAAAAACAAUAUUUAAACCGAUAAAAUCUAAGAAACAAAAAAAUAUUUAAUAAUCCAUGUAACAAUUCUACUUAUAUAAUAGCAGAUAAAUAUGCAUAUAAACAUGUAAUAUCUACGUUGGUUAUCAUAUUGUACGUAGUACCACUGCUACUUAGUUCAAUAACUUAAAAACAUUGUAUUAUAUAUGUUUGGAAAUAGACUCACACACACACAUCCAACACACAUCCACUUUCAAAAGGCCUUCGCAUUUGCGUUCAAAGUCCCUAUUGUGCAGAGCCUUGUGCUUUCGGGACAAAAUAUAAUUUUUCGAAAAGACAGUUAUGAAAUUAGAAGGCAAGCACACCCGCAUCUUUUGUUUAAUUAAGCCCAAUAACUUAUACAAUACCUUUAAUGACAAUUUGUGGCAUCAAUAUGGUUGCCCUAACACUUUUGUUUGUCCACACUGCUAUAUAAAGAUACACAUGCGUAUACACUUUUUAUUUUUAGUCCAUGUAAACGCGUUAAGAAACAUAUACAUAUAUACUUUUAUUUUUUUAUUGUGUUUUAAUGCCAAUUUGAGUUUUGAGCUGAUUGUAAAAAUAAACAGAAGAAUAUUUAAUAUUAAAUGCGCUUACUUAUAUAACUCGUAUGUACCGAUGUACAAUUUAAAGGAAACUAAGUGAAUUGCGAAACUAAACCAUGCUUGCUAACCGUAGAAGUAGUUCGACAUAACAUAUACAUACAUACAUAUAUACAAAUAGAACAAUGGUAGCUACGCCGACAAUGUGUUAAAUGCAAUAUGAAACUUGAAUAUCGAGAUACAAGUAUGGCAUACAGUUUAUAGCUUCCUACAACCACCAGCCAUAUUUUAAUACUAAAUAAUACUAAAUGUUAAACACAAAUACAGUACAUAUACAGUUUAUCAGAUUGAAGUACAGUUUAAACUCAUAAGUGAAACGUAAAUUAACAUUAAAAUGCCACCGUGUUCAGUGCGCUGCGGUGACUGAACUCCAACGAAUUUCCAUCAAUAAAACACCUGUAUCCGAAUAUUCCUUAUUAAAUAUUAGAUAUUAAAUAAACAAAAUACAAAUCGAACAUGUUAUGAAUCGAGAUAGCAUAAAGUACAUAACCGUUGACAAUUCUACAUAUAACGCCGAACUUUUUGAACUCAAACUUGUAUAGUGUGUUAUGCGAUAGAAAUUUAUGAAAGAACUCAAAAACUGUUCAGAAGUUAUUUAAGCUCCUGUUGUGUUACUCAUUGGUUAUUUUUUCUCAAAUUUCAAUGUCACACUUAUUUCCGAAUAUCAUCCAUACUUGAGUCGAGUUCCCUUUUAAAAUCUUCGUUUAGAAACUGGCGCGAGUAAUUAUUUAAUAUUUAGAAAUCUAAAAUUAAUUUUCAUACAUUUUAAAGGAAUAUAUCCUUUCUUCUUGUUUGUAAAAAUAUCAACACACAUCACAAACUAACAUCCCACAUCUGUUAACUGUGUCCAAUAUAAGCGUUCUUCCUUAAAAAAUAGCCCAGACAGCUAAUGUACAUUUCUUCUAUUUUUUCGAAUUUAUUUUUAUAUUUUUUUAAUAUCGUCAGAUUUUUUCAUUAGUCAAUUAAUUUAUUAAUCAAUUUGAGUUUACGAUUUGCAAAACAGAAAUAAAAGUAUCACACGCUGCACUCGAAGUUUAAAUAACUCGAUUGACUGGCUGUAGAUUAAGGAACACCAGUAAUGAAUUGGCAUGCAUGAAUGUGGAUUCCUUAAUUGAAAGAACUCUUAUAAAUUGUAAAGAAACUCUAAUUGUUGUGAUCUAAAGUAAAAAAAUUGUAAUGUAAGAACAUCAAUAUUUGUAGAGAUGUCUAUGUAGUUAUCUCAAGUGCGAUAUGUAAUAUAAGUAUAUUUAGUAAAAUGUUCAUCCAUAGCAUUAUUUGUUCCAAAUACUGAAAACAGUACUGCUGGUGCACAUCGUAAUUUGUUUGUUGUGCUCCAAAUAAAUGCGGUUAGACCUUGAACUUGUGGUUGGAAAUUUAUUAGGUAUUUAAUUAAUCUGUCUUCAUAUACAAAAUUUUUAAAUUACUAUAUAUACUUGUACAUAUGUACUCCAUGCAUGUACGUAUGCCCAUAUAUGGCAGUUGCUCUCGUUCCAUAAGUUCUGUGAAUGUUUAUUAGAGUGCAUACAUAAAAAUUUGCAUAUAUAGCAUAUUUAAAAAUUAAAAUUAUAAUAUAUAUACAUACUAAACUAUAUAUACCUAAUAUAUACAUAUACCUUAAACUGUAAAACAUUAAUAUCACUUAUUUAAAACAUUAAACAUUUAAAUUAGAAGAGACGAAAUCGUAAGCGUUUCGUCAGUGAGAAAGAAAGGUGCGAGUAAGAAAUAUGCAAUAUAUGAGAAAGUGAAGAUUUACAGAGUGAAAAGAGAAAUUCGAAUAAAACAACAUAAAAGUUAGUCUAUAAGCAUUUUUAAUAAUGAAUAAACAAAAGAUAAGACUUGAAAUAAUACAUACAAAUAUAAUUUCAAUGUGUUCAGUGCUUAAUUUUGAUUUCGCCUAAAUACAAUACAUUUAAUUUUGAAUUUUGUUUUUGUUUGUUUGGGUUUGUAUGAAAUCGCGCAUUCAUCAAAUUGUGCAACGCCAGCGCGUGGGGCAGUUGGUUGUGAAUUGGCAAUUGAUCAAAUACAUAUGUAUGUGUUGCAGCUUCAUUGUUAGCAUUGCAUUGCCAGUGAUAGAAAAAGAAAUAAAAAUAAAAGCCGCAAGACGUCAACCAUGACAUUAUAAAGCGACAUAUGCUAAAUUAAUAUUCAUGCCACAAAUGGGGGGCAAGUGCAACUGUCUCCAUUGUUAACUGAAAACUCUAAUAUAUUAAGUAGUCGGUCAGAUCAUAUUGUUCCACAUGUGUAUAUGAAAGGGCUUAUACAGAAAUACAUAGAUUAACGUCGCAUUCGCCAUUUAUUGUGAGUGCUUAAAUACUGCACCUCAGUUCCGAUUCUGACCACAACCA